AUGGAUAUAAUUGCAAGUGUAAAAAAUAAUAACAAUGAAGAUAAAAUUCAAAUGAUUUUUGAAAUGCUUAAACAACAAAUAAAUGAAUACGAUAUUAUAAGUAAGAAUAAAAUAUCAAGAACAGAAUUAAGAAAGCAAAAAAUUCAAAAAUUAGUGACAGAAGAAAAACAUUUGUCCACAGAGUUUCAAAAAAUUAAAAAAGAAUUAAAACGUUAUGAAAAAAAAUAUGAAAAAGCAUUAAAAAAGAAAGUGAAAUUAUUGAAAAUACAGAUUGAAGAGGAUCGACGUAAAUUAGAAGCUACAAAACAAAAAUAUUACAAAUUAGAAACUUACGUAAAUAUAGCAGAAAAGGUAAAAUCAAAGAAAAAAAAUAAACCAUUAAAAGUCAAAAUGAUGUUACCUAAAUUCAUACAAAAGAAUCUACCACUUAGUAAAAAGAUUAAAAUCAAAAUUAAGAAAAACGAAAAAUUAGGUAGGCGUGAAAUGCAUUUUAUAAACGAUAUUAAUGGACAAAAUGUAUCUUCUAAUUUACCUUCUAAUUUAGUAAAAAUUAUAAAACCUUCAAUGAAUACUCGAGAAUGUAAAAUUGUAUUACAAAGAUUGACAGAAGAGCAAAUGAACAAAUAUAUUAAUCAAAAUAGGUUAGGUCAAGAGCGUAUAACAAAAAAGCGUAUAACACGAGAUUCUUUAAAAAAAAAUAAUGGAAAUGAAAUAAAUACGAUUUGUCCAAGAUGGCAUAUAAAAAUUCCAAAAUCAGUAUUUCAAGAAAGUCUCUUACGCAUUAAUAAUUUUAAUCUAAAUUCAACUUCUAUCUCAAAAGAUGUUAUAUAAUUAAAUAUAGUAUAUUUGAUUAUUGUUAGUAAAAUUUAUUGUACAUUAAGAAAAUUUUAUUAAUUAUUAAAUUGUCAAAUUGAAAUUAUUUUAUUAUCAUAACCAAAAAUUAAUUUUAAGAAAACAAAAAAUAAAAAACAUUUAUUAUUGUAAUAAAAUUCUAAGAAAGUAUUAUAUAUAUAUAGUGUACAUAUAGUACAUAUAUAAUAACAAUUUUAUAAUAAUAUUUGUAUACAGUUUUGCACAUUAGACACAGAACAUUAAACACAAUAUACAAUUAAUAAAAAAAAUAGAAUUCAUGCUUUAAAAAAUUGUUAAUUAUUAUAUUAUAUAUUAUAUAAAUAUAUAGUUAGUAUAUAUUAUUAGUAUAUUAUAUAGUUAGUAUAUAUUGUAUAACAAAAAAAAGUGUUAUACAAUAUGUAUAUUAUACAUACAUUAAUAUUUAUUGUACAUACAUAAAUUUUACAGUAAUAUUUAUAGAGUUUUGCACAUGGAACAUUUAAUAUAAUAAAUAAUUAAUAUGCUGAAAAGUAGUUAAUUAUUAUGUAUAUUAUGAAUCUUAUAGUAUUUUUAUUUCUGAAGUAAUUUUUGUAAAAUAUUAAUAUAAUUAAAAUAUAAUUUCAAAUACAUUGUAUACAAUAUUUUUGUAUAAUAUAAUAUUAUAUUAUAUUAUAAAGUUUAAUUAAUAAAUAAUUUAAUGUAUAAAUUAUCAUUAUAUAAAUAAUUUAAUAUUUGUUAUUAAAUAUAUUAAUUAUAUUUUGAGGUGGAAGAAAUUUUUGUAUGAUAAAAAAAAUUUUCAAAUAAAAUUUUUGUUUGUGAAUUUAAUAUAUUUAAA